CAGAUUCUGCGGAGAUAUUAAGCGUACCGAGCGAAAAAAGAAGUCUGUUACCUUACGAGCCUACGAGUAUCCGGCACAAGAUGCAACGAAAGGGCCGGGAAGAAUCAUCUGAUUUGUUACGGCAAUUUGAGCCAGCGAAAGAGGCAGAUCUGGCGAUACACGUGAAGAAGAUCGAAGAAAUCAAGCACUGGCUCGAAGCGGCACUGCAAGACAGUGAAUACGAGCCGGAAGGAAUCGCGAAACAGAUGUUGUUGGUGACUGGCCCUUCCGGAAGUGGCAAGAGCGUGUGUGUGAAAACGAUCGCCAAACAGCUAAAGUGCGAUGUUAAGGAAUGGACCACUCCCGUAGAUGUGGAACUGUUUUACGAGGAUAACUUCGACUUCGAUAGUCGAGAGGACAAACGAAGCAGACAAUCCCAGAAGCAACUGUUUAACGAUUUCCUUCACAAAAGCUCCCGGUAUUGCUCGCUAUUCAGCUCGCCCGGAACGGAGCGGAAGGUGCUCUUGGUGAAGGAUUUUCCCCACUCAUUUCUGCGCAGUCCGGAAGAAUUUCACGAAUCGCUUGAAUUGUACCAAAAUCAGAGCAGUACGCCGAUUGUCUUCAUCGCGACGGACGCCUCGAGCAAAUCGUUGGACAUUGCGAUGAAACUUUUCCCUCCGGCAAUCAUGGAGAACUUCCACAUCGAAACCAUUAAAUUCAACGCCGUCUCUGUAACUCUCAUCAAGAAGGCGAUUAAACGCAUCUCUAGUUUGAUAGGUGGCAGUGCCGAACUCCGGAAAACCUUCCAAGUACCUCCCAAAGCGGUAGAAGAAGACAUCGUCGCUUCCUCCCAGGGUGAUCUGCGGAAUUGCUGUUUAAAUUACCUGUUCACUUGCUUAAAAUCGAUACCCUCUUCACUGACCCAUGCUCCCAGUGGAACGGUUCAGUCGGGCCGGAACAAACCGAAGAAAGCAACCGAUAAAGGCUCUACCAAGCGCGACAAAGGGGCCCUGGGAUUGAGUGAAGGCCUCACAGUUAUGCAUGGGCUGGGCCGUAUUUUGCAUCCAAAGUAUGUAAAUCAUGAUGCCGGUAUGCGAUUCUUGCAUGCUCCCGAAGACAUCACCGAUAGCUUUAUUUCUCAACCGGCAGCCAUAAUAUCAUUGCUUCAUUCUAAUUAUGUGUCGAGAUGUUCCGAUGUCCAUCGCCUUUCCGCUGCAUCUGAUUGCCUGACUGUGGCGGAUGUGAUCAUGAAUGAGUAUCGGAGCGAUCAGUUAGCUUCAUACGGUUUAAACCUCGCUGUUCGUGGUAUCAUGGUGAACAAUGAGCAAACUUCACACGGUUGGCAUCAGAUCAAAAAGAAAGUGUCAAUUCAGCUGCAAAACAGCGCUCAGCUGUACACGGACGAGCUUACCAAACUUGGAAUCAUCUCUCGACCUAUUCCACAGAAACUGUUUGCAUCUGAGUAUAGGGGAUUUAUAUCAAUUAUUCGUAGGUAGUAACUAACACACUAUUAUAUAUUGAAGGAUUUGAAAACAGCGUGUAUAUUUGCGGUAAAUGUGUAUUUCAUGAAUUUCACUUGAAUUCUCCUGCUGAUGCUUGUAACUAAAAUCUCAAUUGGCUCAAUUGUCGGCGAA